UGUGGGCAGGGCGUCACCUGGGGGCCUCUGGCUCCCGACAGUCAGAGCCAGCUGGUAGGCUGCAGGAGGCUGGGAGCCGACAGCACAACCAGAGCGACUGCACCCCAGUUGCUGGUGGUGCGCUGAGACCCCCCAGAACAUGGACCGAGUGACCAGAUACCCCAUCUUCGGCAUCCCCCACUCACCCCGCGUGGCCGCCGAUGGUGACGCCAGCUACACAUUCCAGCUGGUGGACGUGGGGCCCACAGGCAGCGGCUGGGGCCUGGAUAAGCCGGGACCAGGUGCCACCGACUGGGAGGCCCAGCCGGACGUGGUGAAGAAGGGAGCGCCCGGACACCUGCCCUCCGCUCUUGGCCGGCUGACCCCACGGCCACACUGCACAGAGGGCGAAGAGCAUGAGGGGGCAAAAGCCUGCCACCUGGACGCUGGGGAUGCGCAGCCCAGGCGGCCAUGGGACCUGGAGCAGGAGCGCCAGGCAGUCAUCCAGGGCCAGGCGGUCAGGAAGAGUGCCACAGUGGCCACACUCUAUGACCGUGGGGAGCCCAGCACCCCCGGCCGACCUCAGCCCUUGGCCCUAGAGGAGAACAUGGUCGACAGCGAGCAGAUCUGCUUCCUGGCAGCCCGGCAGCAGUUCCUGAGCCUGGAGCAGGCGAGUGUGCAGGCCCCACGCGGGGCCGGGCAGGCCCCCAAGGCCGUGAACAGGCCGCCCCUGGCCAACGGGUAUAUCAUCCCAGCCGAGCCCCGGGGAACGGAGACGGUCAUCGUAGAGAAAAAGGGCCAGGCCGUGGAUGACCCUGGUUCCCGGCCCGGAGCGGGGUCCCCAGAGCUCCCCAAGGAGACCCCCAUCGAGCGGGAGAUCCGGCGGGCCCAGGAGCGCGAGGCAGACCUCCGAGAGCAGAGGGGCCUACGGCGGGCAGCCAGCCACGAGGAGCUGGUGGAGAUCCGCAGCAGGCCGCUGCUGACCAAGGUGAGCCUGCUCGAGACCCCGCGGCGGGAGAGGGGCCGCCCGUACCUCUACGUGCAGCGGGACAUGGCGCAGGAGAUGCAGCGCGAGGAGGGCCACCGGCGGAAGGGCCUGCGGCCAGGCCAGCCGUCCACGCCGGACGAGGUCUUCGAGGCUCCUCAGCCUGGGCUCCGGAGAGCCCUCAGCUCAGACUCCAUCCUCGAUCUGGCCCCGGGUGCCAGUGCAGCCGACCCUACCCCAGAGGUGAGGAAGGUGAACCGCAUCCCACCAGAGACCUACCAGCCGUACCUGAACCCCAGGACCCCCCAGCCGGGAUCCCCAGCUUUCCAUGCAUACGGCAAGCCCAGUGGCCUUUCUGCAGAUGAGGCCAAGGUCGUGGGCUCUCCAGAGGCCGUGGGGUCUCAGAGGCACGUCUCCAAAUCCUCCAGAAGACCCUCGGACACAAAACAGAAGCACUGGAAGCCCCCCCAGGGACCCCUGCAGGCCAACAGGGGUGCUGUGCAUAGGGAGUACUUCCGCCUUCGUCCCCUGCGGUUCCGGGUGCCAGACGUGUCGCAGCAGGCUGAGGUCCCCCGUGUCUGGGCCUGGGAGGCAGCUGGGGCCCCAGCGUUGAGGCUGCAGAGGUCCCAGUCGUCCGAGCUGCUGGAGAGGGAGGUGGAAAGCGUGCUGCGGCGGGAGCAGGAGUUGGCGGAGGAGCGGCGGAAUGCGCUCUUCCCCGAGGUCUUCUCCCCACCUCCGGCUGAGGGCUGCGACCCAGACUCCAGGAGUUCGUCUGCAGCGUCGGGCAUCACAGGCAGCUACUCGGUGUCUGAGUCACAUUUCUUCAGUCCCAUCCAACUGCAUUCAGGCCUGGUGUGGACAGCGGAGGCCCCAGCAGAGGCUGCCCCGGGGCAGAGAAAGAAGGAGCUGGGGUACGCAAGAAUCAGCACCUCAGACCAUAUCAACUCAGAGGUCCUGGAAGCCACGCGGGUGACCCGGCACAAGAAUGCCAUGGCGGAACGCUGGGAAGCUGGCAUCUAUGCCAGCAAAGAUGAGGACUGAGCCUGGGGAUGGGGGCUCUCCGUUCCUGCACUGCCCUGACCCUGGGGGAAACAGCCAAGACCCUACCGAGCCCCACACCUUGGGGAAAGCCCCCCGACUCAGAUCCACCACCCAGAACCACAAAUCAUUAUCACAUGCCAACAAUCCCAAGGGCAGGUGCGCUUUUAGACGCGAGGGUUUUCUUUCCCAUGUUCAUUUUCCUGGAGAAAUUGUUCUGCUUGCUGGGUUUACAGCUGGGGAUGCAAUGGGACCUCUGUCUAUUCUGCUUCUAAGACUUUUGCAAACACUCUUGAACUCAAAGAGGAAGACCAGCUGCCACCUGCAGAUGUCAUUGUUUCUGCUGGUCUGAGGGCAGAGGGGCUGGUUAGGAGGAGGCAUGGGUCCUGGACCUUGAGGAGCUGCAGGUCUGAAGGGGGAGACACUGGGCACCCCACCCUGAGAAGUCCCGAUCUGAAAGGGGUGACCGGCCCCACUCCAACCCUGGGACACCAGUCUGAGGGAGAAGGCCCAAUCUCCAUGGCGUGUCCAUCCACACUCUGGCGUGGGGUCCCGUGGAUGGCACCCCCAACCUGGCAGAGCAAAGUCUCAAUUUGGAGCAGAAAAGGGUCCUGCUUCCCAGACUCUUGUCUGCGUCCCCCAUGGAAUAAACAUGAGGGAGCUGCCCGUCCCCUCCAUAA